CAGAUGACACAUGAAGAAAUAAAUUCAGGAGAGAAUGUUUCCAUGGCAAAGCACUUUGUCCUGCUGGGGUUUUCUGACCUUCCAAACCUCCAGGGAUUUGUAUCUUCAGUGUUCGCCAUCAUUUACUUGAUUAUCUUAAUUGGAAAUGGCCUCAUAAUCAUAACAACAAUCAUAGACCCUGCACUACAGAGACCCAUGUAUUUUUUCCUGGCAAAUUUUUCUUCUUUGGAAAUCUGCUAUGUUUCAGUCACUCUUCCUAGGAUGCUCUUCAACCUUUGGACACAGAAGAGAAAUAUUUCUGUGCUGGACUGUGCCAUGCAACUGUGUUUCUUCCUUAUGCUGGGAACCACUGAGUGCUUCCUACUGGCCGUGAUGUCCUAUGACCGCUAUGUGGCCAUCUGUCACCCUCUGCGCUAUCCUCUGCUCAUGAACCCAAAGAAGUGUGCUCAGCUGGCAGCCGGCUCCUGGCUGAGUGGAAUCCCAGUCCAGAUAGGACAAACGUGCCAGAUAUUCUCUCUGCAUUUCUGUAAGUCCAACCAAAUCCACCACUUCUUCUGUGACAUACCCCCCAUACUCAAGCUGGCCUGUGGGGACACUUUUGCCCAUGAGGUGUCUGUCUAUGUGGUGGUCAUGUUGGUUGGUACUGUCCCUUUCAUGCUGAUCCUUACCUCUUAUAGCAAAAUCGUUUCCACCAUUCUGAGGUUGCCAACAGCCCAAGGCUGGACCAAGGCCUUCUCCACAUGCUCUUCCCACCUGCUGGUCGUGGUGCUAUUUUUUGGAUCUGCUAGUAUUACUUACUUCAGGCCAAAGUCCAACCAUUCUGCAGGAACUGACAAACUUCUGUCUCUCUUCUACACUAUUGUGACCCCCAUGUUCAACCCCUUGAUAUACAGCCUCAGGAAUAAGGAUUUAAUUGCUGCCCUGAAAAAAUUAUUUCUUAAAGCGCAGUGCCAUGGUUCUCCUUGA